CGUUAUGUGAUCGUUAACGUUUCUACAAAAUCAGUCAGUUGAGCAGAGAUCGCUACCCGAAAUAGUGGACGGACAAUUCGUACGUAUUUCAUUCACUCGAGAAAAAAAUCAACUAAAUCAAAAUGGAUCAAAUUGAUGAAGACUUGACACCAGAACAAAUUGCCGUUCUCCAAAAGGCAUUCAACAGCUUUGACUCUCAAAAAACUGGAAGUAUUCCAACUGAAAUGGUUUCAGACAUCUUGCGUAUUAUGGGACAACCAUUCGACAAGAAAAUCUUGGAAGAACUUAUCGAAGAAGUCGAUGAAGACAAAUCGGGCCGUUUGGAAUUCGUUGAAUUCGUUCAGCUCGCCGCUAAAUUCAUCGUUGAAGAAGAUGAUGAAGCAAUGCAAAAGGAAUUGAAAGAAGCUUUCCGUUUGUACGACAAAGCCGGUAACGGUUUCAUUCCAACCUCAUGCUUGAAGGAAAUCUUGCGUGAAUUGGACGAUCAAUUGACAGACCAUGAAUUGGACGGUAUGAUUGAAGAAAUCGACUCCGAUGGCUCAGGCACCGUCGACUUUGAUGAAUUCAUGGAAAUGAUGACCGGAGAAUAAGAACCAUAUUUUUUUAAAGCAUUUUUAUCAUACAAUUUUUCAAAAGGAUCGGAUAUCGAUAUUUAUCCGGAACUUUUUAAUGAGAAAAUGAUAUUAUGAAAUAAAAAAUAAAUAACUUACCAUCAAAA